CUCCUCGGAAUCGAGCCAGCUACCUAUUUUGGUGUCGGACGAGCAACAACCGAGCGCCCGUACCGAGUGGCGGACACAACAGCAGCGGUGGUGAACAACAGUGCUUCCAUCACACCACGGCCGCGACCAGACGCGCACUGCGUUCAUCACAUACGUCAGCAGCGCAUCGACACAGUCAACACUCAUUUACAUACAUACACACACUUACAAACGCACACACGGAGCGAGAAGACCAUGUCUGGUGGCGGAGAGUGGUGGCAAUGCCCAUGCCCGUUGGAGUCGGUGCCAAGGGUUCGGGUGUGCGACCCCAAGCUGCUCGACUUUAUUCGGGAGCAGAGGCCCAUUGUGAUCACGGACUCGAAGCUGGUCGAGUCUGCCAGGCACUGGGACCUCGAGUACAUGGAGAAGCACAUGGGCGACUGCAAGUUCACCGUGUACGAGAGUAAAGAGCGGGUCUUCAUGUUCAGCGACGAGGAGAAGAACCUGGGCAACUACAAGUUCACACCAACUGCAACCAAGCGGUCCAUGACGUUCCAGGAGUUUGCCUCGGAGUUCCGGGAAGCCAUGAAAUCCAAGGACAAGUUCCUCUACCUCCAGCAGGGCUUGAACGAUACCGUUGGGCCAACGAUUGUCAAGGAUUUCGUUGGCUUCAACUGGACAUGGCUGACUGACGUGGUGAAGGCACUUAACUGGGGCCACCUCACAACCAACAUGCUCUUUGUCAGCAUGCCCCAUCUUGUCACACCUUGCCACUACGACGAGCAAGAAAACUUCUUCGCACAGGUGCGCGGCACGAAGCGCGUCAUCCUCUUCCAUCCAGACAACUUUCGAUGCCUUUACCCCUACCGAUAUGGGCACCCAUGCGAUCGACAGAGCCAGGUUGACUUUGACAACCCCGACUAUGAGCGGUUCCCCAAGUUCAAGGACGCGCGGGGGCUGGAGGCGAUUCUGCGGCCAGGCGACGUGCUGUACAUUCCGCGGUGCUGGUGGCACCUCGUCCGCUCCCUUGACGAGUUGUCUGUCUCAGUCAACUUCUGGUACAUGUCCCCGCCCGCCAUUGCAGAGGACAUCAGGUUCCCCCUCACAGCAUCGCAGAAGGUUGCGAUGAUGCGCAACAUUGAGCAGAUGCUACUGACGGCUCUCGGUUCUGCCGGAGAGGUGAGCGAUUUCCUCCGCAUGCUCGUGAGCGGCCGGUACGACACAGACGCCAACCACACCUUCAGGCAGCUUGAGAUGUGACGGCAGCGUGUGAUGGCAGUGCUGAUGGCGACCGCUGUGGUGGUGUGGAAUGGUUGGCCUGGUCCAUUUUCUGACAGCCUUAAUUAACGUGCGAUUCUGAAUGACCGGCAAGCGAGCAAAACACGCUCUUGUGCGUGCGUGCGUGCGUGUGUGUGUGUAUGUGUGUGUGUGUGUGUGUGUGUUUAUUCGCACGACAUGUGGUGUUGAUAACGUGGUAUUAAACUGAACUCACGCGG